GGAGGGCGGGACCUCGGGCGCGUGCGCGGGGUCGCAAAGUGCCGCUGACCCGCCAGCGACCGGCAUGAGGGGCUGGGCGCUCGCUGCCGCCCCCGCCUCACUGCCGCGCCAUGGAAUGCCUGCGGGGCCUGCCCCGGCUCCUGCCGCGCGCGCUGCGGCUGCCCCCGCGCGUCCUGUGCGCCCCGGCCUGGGGCCUGACCCCCGCGCGCGCCGCCGGACCCCUCGGAGGGAGCUGGGCCGCGCUGCCCGGCGCACCGCGCGGGCCCCGCCUGGCAGGUGAAAUGCACCUGCUGAGAACGUCCGAUGUCGCUCAGGCCACGCUCGCCAGCGUAGCCCCCGUGUUUACUGUGACAAAAUUUGACAAAGGAGGAAAUGUGACGUCUUUUGAAAGGAAGAAAACGGACUUGUACCAAGAGUUAGGCCUUCAGGCCAGAGAUCUGCGCUUCCAGCACCUCGUGAGCAUCUCCACCAGAAACAACAGGAUCAUCCUGAGGAUGGAGUACCUGAAAGCGGUGAUCACCCCCGAGUGUCUCCUGAUCCUGGAUUAUCGUCACUUAAACCUGGAGCAGUGGCUGUUCCGGGAGCUCCCCGCGCAGCUGGCCGGAGAGGGCCAGCUGGUCACGUACCCUCUGCCCUUUGAGUUCAGAGCCAUGGAAGCACUCCUGCAGUACCGGAUCAGCAAGCUGCAGGGGAAGCUGCGCCUGCUGGAGCCCCGGAUCCUCGACACCCUGGAGGCGUUAGUGGACCCCAAACACUCCUCUGUGGACAGAAGCAAACUGCACAUCCUGCUGCAAAACGGCAAGAGCCUGUCCGAGCUGGAGACGGACGUGCGGAUGUUCAAGGAGGCGAUCCUGGAGAUCCUGGACGACGAGGAGCGGCUGGAGGAGCUCUGCCUCAGCAAGUGGAGCGACCCCGAGGUCUUUGAGCAGAGCAGCGCGGGCAUCGACCACGCGGAGGAGAUGGAGCUGCUGCUGGAGAACUGCCACCGGCUGGCCGAGGACCUGGCGCACGCGGCCCGCGAGCUGCGGGCGCUGAUCGACGACUCGCAGAGCGUCAUCUUCCUCAACCUGGACAGCCACCGCAACGUCAUGAUGCGGCUGAACCUGCAGCUGACCAUGGGCACCUUCUCGCUCUCGCUCUUCGGCCUGAUCGGAGUCGCCUUUGGGAUGAAUUUGGAGUCGUCCCUUGAGGAGGACCACAGGGUGUUCUGGCUGGUCACCGGGAUCAUGUUCAUGGGCAGUGGCCUGAUCUGGAGGCGGCUGCUGUCCUUCCUCGGGCGGCAGCUGGAGGCUCCCGUGCCUCCGAUGGUGGCCUCCUUACCGAGGAAGACGCUGCGGGCAGACGGGCGGCUGGACACGAAGCCCAGCCUCAGGCCGGACGGGCUGGGGUCCAGCAGGAGCGUCCUCACGCCCCGGUGAGCGCGGCUCGCACAGCGGUCGCUGGUGAGACUGAGCCAAGCACAGAGCGACGUUGUCGUCCGAGGGAGGCCGGCGAGCGACCGACCAGGACGUGACCACGCUUUCCAGGCUCCAAGGAGACCCAGGGCUUCUUGGUCAGAGGCCAGGACUCUGCUCUGCAGCCUGCAGAGCUGCCUUCACAGCCGGAGGCCGGCAGGGGCUGACGGAACCGCGGUGCGGCCUGGACCUGACUCCAUGCGCAUCGAGAAAAGGAGUGUCCAGCAGCCGCGGUGCUGAGACGGGCCCGUCCGCAAACAGCCUGACCAGGCGGCCGAGGGCUGGCAGCGCACACCAGCCGUACACUCCGCAGUCCAUGCUGGGAGCCGCUGGCAGCGCCUUAGUUUCUUCCAUUCGCUCCCUUCAUGGACGGUGAAUAAAAGGGGGCACGAUCCUCUCACGUCAGCUUUAUGUGGAUUCCAAUUCAUCACAAUUUCAGCUUUCAACCCCAAACUGCCCUGUUUGCUUGGCUGCAACUAUGCCUUUGGAAGUAGAGCUGAAAGAGUGUCCUCAGUUCCUGGCUCUUAGCUGGUUCCUGGUGGGGGGAGGGGAGGCACCCCCAGGCUGCAGGAGGGGAGAUGCCUAGCUCUGCCUUCCCCUUCGCUUUCAACCAGAGCUUGGGUCAGAGCAGUGGCUGAUGGCUGUUCGCCUCAGAGCUCGCCCAACCUUUCCUGUUUCUGGAGGUUCAAGGCAGGGGUCCCCUAGCCCUAACAUUAGCCCUAGGUGACGACGUAACCCUACCCUAGCCCUAGACUUAACCCUACCCUAACCCUAACCCUAACCCUGACCUUCGUUUUGUGGCCUAGCCCUCUGCCCAGAGCUUAAGGCAGCCACUCACGCACCUCUGUCUCCUCCCCCGACAGCCCAGCCUCGGGCUCACGAGGACAGAGAGGCUCCCUGGGCUCUAGGGACCGCCUCACCUCUCAGGUCCCACCUUCCCUUGGCCUGAGCCAACAUUCACCCACAUGGCAGUGCCCGGGGGGAGGUGACCUCGAGCCUCCCCCACCCGCUCCAGCCUUCCCAGGCCCCCAUGUUUUCAGCGAUUCCCAGGACAUGCUCCUCACCUACCUGGGUGGGUGUUUAAAACGCACUUCCUAGGGCACAACCCCUGAUCUUCUGGGGGCCAGGGAGACCAGAUCCCCAGGGCGGGCUCAGCUGGCCCCUCCUGUGUCCCUCAAAACAGUCACAGGCUUCACCCUCUUCUCCAUCAGCACCCCUGUGCCAGGCCAUCUGAGCCGCUCAGCUCCUUGUGCCUUAACCAUUCCCUUAACCCUCACCCCAGCCCUAAGCCUGACCAUAGCCUUGCCCUAGCCCUAACCAUACCCCUUAGCCCUAGCCCUGAGCCUAAUCAUAGCCUUGCCCUAGCCCUAACCAUACCCCUUAGCCCUAGCCCUGAGCCUAAUCAUAGCCUUGCCCUAGCCCUAACCAUACCCCUUAACCCUAGCCCUGAGCCUAAUCAUAGCCUUGCCCUAGCCCUAACCAUACCCCUCAUCCAGAGCAGCCCUGCAGGCAGCACGGGCGGGCGUCACAAAGGCACCCGGCUCCAGAGGACACUGGGAGGCGGUGGCUCAGGCCCCUGUACGGGGCUUGGCGAUCGGAAUAAAACUGCUAUCCCCCGGCUGAUGUGAAGGGCACAGGUGAAGUUUCUUGCGCUCCACACUCGGCCGUGGCUGAAAGCCCUGUGGUCACCAGGGCCACGUGCAGUCCCCGUGGGCAGGGCUCCCUGUGCCGGGUUUGGUCCUGUUCUUGUAAAACGGGUCAUAACCCUCAAUUGUGACAGGAGUGGGUCGCCCAGAGAGCAGGGUUCCGUUUGACUGACCAGGCGUAGAAUCGAUUGGUGUUGCCUUCCGGUGUGCCCUUGUGGCUUUGGGGAGAGUCGUGUCCGCGGAUAAAAGGGAAAAUAGUGCACCUACCUCGGCUGGUAAGGGGCUUCCUGGUGGGCGAUGAGCAGGGUCCGGGUGUCAGCCCGGCGCAGAGACAGCGGGGCCCUUACACCCACAUCUCCAGCGGGACAGCCUGCGCCCACACGCACAGCGCUCAGCGGUUUUCAGUUUUGAGUUGAAAUGGACUGAGCGCAAACGAUUCUUUGGAAGUAGGUGCUACAGCACCAAAUGCGCGGCAGCGUGAGGCAGUGAGCACGCUGCGCCGCUCACCGAGCACCCGCGCCAGGACCCCGGUGCCAGGACCGCGGACCGCCGUCGGGGAGGCCGGCCUCUGAGGGAGCUCCACCCCCCCCCCACCCCCCCACCCCCACCCCCGCACAGGCCGCAGCCCACAGAGCCCCCGAGAGGCUGUCCUGCUGAGGCCCCCAGAGCUGUGCAGCCUCGGUUGGGGAACUGCCAUGUUUCAGUCCCAGCUCAGUGUCGGGUUUACUUGCGUGACCCCGGGGAGGAGGUCUAAUGGUGGAGCCCGCGUUCACCCCACUCUUCCCAUCAGAGCUGGGCUGUUAGGCACCAAGCGCUCCCGCCCCUUCGCUCUGAAGAAAGUUGUCGCACAGACAAACGUUGCAAAAAACAUGUAAACCAACAACUGCCAAUAUAUGGGAAUGUGUUCUGAGAUCUUGAAAUAAAGGUAAUUUUCAGUUAAA